AAGCAACCUGAGCAAUACUUUGGAAAAAUGACGACGAGAUACUUAGAUGAAAAAGAGUAUCACGCUGCUCAUACUUAUGUUCUACUAAAUUGCAAAGAAGUGACACAAACAUAUCUCAAGUUAUUCGUGGCUGAAUUGCGUGCAUUACACGUCUCAGAAGCUGAUAUUAACCAUCAGAUGGAAAUCCAAUUUUCAGAUUGGUUCCGAUCAUAUGUGUCAAAUCCUGCAAAUCACGUGGUUAAUGAGUUUCUAAUUGCUCUCGCAAAGGGCCCCCUAGUCAUGGUGAAGACUUACCCGGGAUUUUAUGUAAAUGGAUAUAAAUUUCACACGAUGAUGCAUGGGACUAAUCGGGCUAGUAUGAACAGUGGUGUGUGCAUAAAAGGUGAAUGUUAUGGUUCAGAUGAGAAUGGUGAACUCGACUAUUAUGGGCGUUUGCUGGAGGUAUGCGAGCUUGAGUAUAUGGGUCUACCACUGAAGACGAUCACACUCUUUAAGUGUGAAUGGUUUGAUCCAUCACCAUGUAGGACAUCAGUGCAUCCUCAAUUCAAAUUGGUUUCAAUAAAUCAUACACGUAGAUAUGGUGGUUAUGAACCAUUUGUGCUAGCUGACCAAGCUAUUCAAGUAUAUUAUUGUACAUACCCAAGUUUGAGAAGUGAUAGGAAGGAUUGGUGGGAAGUUUGUAAGAUUAAAGCUAGGUCGAAAGUUGAAGUUCCAAAUGCAGUGGAAGAGACUGUAGUGAACCAACCUUCUCAAGAAGAUGACUUAAUGACUCCAACAAACCCUAACAUAGAUGAUGACACCAUAAUAGUGCAUCUUCGUGGUGGUUUGAUAGAUAUUGAUGAUGCCGAUGAGGAAGACGAAGAAGACACAUAUUUGACUGAUGAAGAAGAUAGAAACUUGGAUGAUAGUUUUUAG